AACUUCAUCAUCAAUAAGCUUUGUGGGUGACCCUUUUCUGAAAUAUCACGCAAGUCAAGUCAAGUCAGGUAUUGUCCCGUGGAUAAAAAUAUAAAACAAUGUGAUUAAAUAAAGGGUGUGGGUUGGAUAUGGAUAAGGCUAUGGAUUCGGUCGAAGAAACUCGUGAUAUUGUGAUAGUUGGAGGUGGGAUUUGCGGCCUUGCCACUGCUCUUGCUCUUCACAGGAAAGGGUUGAGAAGCAUAAUUUUGGAAAAAUCCGAAACCUUGCGAGAUACUGGAGCAGCUAUUGCCAUCAGAGCUAAUGGCUGGCGAGCACUUGAUCAGCUUGGCGUUGCCUCUGAGCUUAGACAGAGAGCCAAUCCUAUUCACAUAGUGCGAGAAGUAUGGAUUGAUAUUGGAAAGCAACAAGAAAUACCGGAGAUUGGUGAGUGUCGUUGUGUGAAGAGGAAUGAUCUUAUCGAAAUCCUGGCCGACGCUUUGCCACCAAGAACAGUGCGAUUUGGAAGCCAGAUUGUCUCGGUAAAGGUGGACAAGGAAAACUCAUUUCCAAUUCUUCAACUUUAUGGAGAUAAAUCAAUUCAAGCUAAGGUUCUGAUUGGAUGCGAUGGAUCCAGGUCAACUGUGGCUGAUUUCCUCGGGCUCAAAAGCACAAAAAUGUUUGCUAUUCUUUCAGUUAGAGGUUUAACCAGUUAUCCAAAUGGUCAUGCAUUUGAUUGUGAGUCCACUCGCAUGAGGAGGGGGAAAAUCUCGGUAGGACGAGCUCCAAUUACUGAUAAGUUGGUAUAUUGGUUCGUCGCUCUACCCUGGACUCCAUCAGAUGAAAGGUUAACUCAAGAUCCGGAAGUGAUCAAACGAUUAGCCUCAAGUAAAGUGAGUGGCUUCUCAAGUGAUGUAAUAGAAAUGAUAGAAAGGGCUGAGUUGGAUUCGGUGUCUCUGACUCGCUUGAGGCAUCGUGCACCAUGGGACUUACUACUGACGACAUUCAAGAAGGGGACGGUGACAGUGGCUGGAGAUGCAAUGCAUGUAAUGGGUCCAUUCCUAGGACAAGGUGGUUCAGCAGCUCUAGAAGAUGCCGUUGUCCUCGCCAGGUGCUUGGCACAGAAAGUAAGAGCUGAAGACCUAUCUAUCUCUGGUAACCAAGUACUGAUAAACAAAGCUGGAGAAGGGAUCGACCUAUACGUGAAGGAAAGGAGAAAACGGCUGGUGACAUUGUCAACACAAACAUAUAUUACUGGCCUUCUACUGGAAACAAGAUCAAAGCUAGUGAAAUUCAUUGUGAUCAUGUUGCUGGUCAUUCUGUUUAGUGACCCAGUUGGUCACACUAAAUAUGACUGUGGUAGACUGUAAGGCUGCCUAGUAUUUUGUUAGCAAUAAUCUUGCAAGUUCUUGAUGAAUUCCACCUACUAAUACUAAUGUGUUAAAUAUUCUAGAUUUAGAAGUUGAAAAC